UGCAGGUAACAAUAUGGACGUUGGUUCCCUCUUCGCUUUGAAAAACGCGAAAGGGAAGAAGAAGGCCCCGGCGGGCGCUUCUGCCAGGGAGGGGCCCUCUCAAACUGCUGGCGCUGCUGCUGGCGCCGGAGGGUCCAAGGGUGCUGGGCCCAUUAAAAAGAAGAUUGCUGGAAAGGGGACCGAGCCCCCGGCCAAGAAGCCGAAGACCACCGCCCCUACCAAACAACCGAUCACCGAUGUGGUGGUGAUUGUGGACGAAGGGCACGCUUCUGCCUCCACCCCCCAGGAACAAAUCAAUCAGGAGUUCUUUGGGCGGGAGAGGUUGGAGGCGUUAGUACCGAAGGGGGCCUCCGUGUUGGAGGGCAGCUUGAACCCUUCGGCUCUGAUGAGCCAGAUGCUGCCGUCGGCCGACCGACUGGCCCUUGCCCGACUGGACGAGGGAUCCCUCGAGGCGAAGGUCCUCCUGAAUGCUGCCUCCACUUUUAUGGGCCUCUGCGAGCACCUCCGAAGGGUGGAUCAAAUGAGGGAGGCCAAGGGUGCCGCCGAGGGGGAGGCCGCCCUCCUCAGGAAGAAGCUCGCUGAAGCCGAGGACUCUCUCCGUCUGGCCACCGACGGUAUGGAGCAGAGGGUGCAGGCUGCAAGGGCCGAAGGGGUCAAUGAGGGGCUAGCCAGGGCCGGGGAGGCCGCCGCCGAGGCCGCCCUUAUUGCUGCCGAUGAAGCCCGCGCGGCUCAAGAAGAGGCCGUCUCCAAGGCCCGAGAGGAUGCAGUGAUCAGCUUCACGGCCGAAGGGUGGAAGGCCGAAGACCGGAGGGAGUGGCUCGCUUCGGUGGUGGGGGCUUCAGUAGACGAGUGGGUCGGGGGUCCCGGAAAGAUGUGGCUUGCCGAGAGGGGCGACUCGUACUACCAAGGUGGGGAGUUCUUCACCCAACGCCUCAUCUACCGGAAGCUUGCGAAGCACUUUCAGGUGGCACCGGAGGAGUUCCGUCAAGAGGCUUAUGGUCUCCCCCCCCGCCAGCCAGAUGUCAGGAUCCCGCUCCCCGAGGGGGAAUAGAGGCCAGUUCUUGAAGACUCGGAGACCCUCCGGGAGUGCGGCCUUGGGGGUGAAGAAGAUGAAGCCGAGAGCGAGGCGAUGUCCGCAGUACCCCCUUCUUGAAUUGUAAUCCCCCCUUUCGUGUUGUAAUUGUUGGCCUCGGCCUCCUUUGUAACAGUGUAUUUAAACUCCCUUUUUUGAAUGAAUGAGCACAUAUAUGCCCUCGGGCCUUUGACAUAUAACAUGCUUCCUUUUGUUUUGUU